GACAGCCGUCACAUCCGCCAUCUUGAAACAACCGCCACUCCCGGGGUCUCCCCUCAGCGGCACCGCCCCGGCCGCCAGAAUCGUGCCCCCAUUGGCUCUGCUAUGUUUGCGGCCCGCCCCCACCCCGGCCUGUCAGGGCCCACGAGUAGGGGAGGGAAUAAGGAAAGGCGGAAGAGAGGUGGUGUCUGGGAGUUGUGGUUUGAUAACCCCUCCCCGGCUUUUCUGCCUCCGAUUGAAUCGAAACGGAGAACGAGCGCCGGGUCCAAAGAGAGGAAGAGAGAACUGCGAUUCCCGGCAUGCCAGCACACAUCGCCUGUUGCAGUCGAGUGGAGGGGGCGGAGUUGUGGAAUUCCUCCUUCCUCCUUGCCCCGCCCCCCCUUUGAUUCGCCCUGACCUUUGACCCUUAGGCUCGCACGGACUGGGGAAACGAGCAAUGGAGGACCGAUCGUUGCAGUGCUUGGGUGGCAACAAACCGCACUUGGAGAAACUAACUCUGGGGGUCGCCCGUAUCCUGGAAGCUUCCCCAGGAGUGACCGGAGUGUCAGUUGUGGAACGGGAACCUGCUGACAUCGGAAUGAUUACCGCAUGGGAACAAGAAAAUGACUGCGUACUGCCGGAGGAUUUGAAGAAUUUUUACCUGAUGACGAAUGGCUUCCAUAUGUUGUGGAAUGUGAAACUAGAUAAUUAUUCCAUCCCAUUGGGCAGCCUGAUGAUUAACAGCAUCAUGAAGUUGAACCAGCUCCACCAGACCUCUGUUUAUUUGCUUCCUAAUUCACCAAGUCUUGUGGACCUGGAGGAAGAUGAAGAUGAAGGGUUGGUAGCUAAUGGGGAUGACCCAGAGAAGCCACACUUCGACUCUAGAAAUCAGAUUUUUGAACUGGAUUCCUGCAGUGGAAAUGGGAAAGUCUGCCUUGUUUAUAAAAAAGAUAAACCAGCACCCCAAGAUGCUGAGAUCUGGUUUCUGGACAGAGCUUUAUACUGGCAUUUUCUCAGUGACUCCUUUACUACCUACUAUCGCCUACUGAUCACCCAUCUUGGCCUCCCCCAGUGGCAGUAUGCCUUCACCAGCUAUGGCAUUAGCCCACAGGCCAGGCAAUGGUUCAACAUGUACAAACCCAUCACCUACAACACAGCUGUUUUUGCUGAAGACGACUGCAUCUUCUUGAACAAGCUGGACCCGAGCAAGGUGUUCAAGAGCAAGAGCAAAACCUUAGUCUCUAAAAAACGGUCAUCCCUACAGAACUCAAGCUCCCAGAGAGGUUCAUCAGCUUCUCCAGGCAUCAAGCCAGCCCCCCUCCCUGGAAACCCUCUCCGGAAAUAAGCAUUUCCCAUCCCUCCCCUCCCCCCACCGCCCCCCCCCCCAGGCUUCAUGACUUCCCAAGAAGGAAUCAACACCCCAGGACCAAGAUGGUGAUGGUGUGGCUCUCACUGGCUGUAUACAGAUAAUCAAAGGGAUUUUUUUCAACAGAAUUGGAGUUCCUGACAAGAAUCAGAGACUGGGUUCUAUCCCUAGGCCUCUGAGUUUAUAAUACAGCAAGUGGAAUCAUUACAUUGUUCCCAUCACCUAAGCUUAAUUUUGGUUCCUGUUGGGCAGAAGGAAACAUCUUUUGAAACCCAGCAUUCUCCUUUCACCCUCUAUGACCCAUCACUUACACACACACACACACACACACACACACACACACACACACACACACAUACACACACACACACACAUCCAUGUACUGCCUUAAACCAGCAAGCAAUAAAAUUACAUCCCAAGUUAGAGUAUCCCCCUGACAGUUAAGAUCCUGUUGUCAGGUACUGAUGAUUCCUUGAAUAUCUUAACAUUCCCUUCCCAUGAAAAACCUACUGGGAGUACAUUUGUGCUUUCCUUGUAGCAAUUGCCUCUAAAACAUCUAAUUUUACUCUUGCUGCCUCAGUUGUUUGCCUUCCUGUUGUGGAGAGAAUGGAAUGUUUUCUUCUGAACCUUUUUAAAGAGGAGGCAGCACUGCUGUACUUUCUUUUAGUGGUCACCUUAAAUCCAUCUCAGACUAUGUUUUGUGUGACUCCACAUGAGAAAUGAUGAUGAAAACAGUAAUUAAUUUUUGAUUAAUAUGUCACUGAUGAUAUACCAUAUAACAGUGUUGAGUUGCCAAAGCUACGAACUGGUACCAUAACAUCUUUAGUAUUGUGUAUUCUUUCCCCUUAGUUUAUUAAGUCAACAAAACCAAUGAACAAACAAGAAUAAAAAAAAAGUGUGAGU